AUGUCAUCAGUAUCGAGCGUACCUGUUUUGGUGCUGUUCAAUUCCGUUCUAACACUUCUGUGUUGUAUCAUCAGCUCUGGGCAACGGUCAAGAAGUCCCUUUACGAGACCGGCACUCAAACCAGGGGGCGUUAAGGUUGCCAUUCAAGAAGCGGCCGUUACGCCAGCAUUACCCACACUUGUGGAAGAGUCGGAAAAGGUUAUGGAGAAUCUCACCAUUCCCGAGCAAAAGGUUAAUGGUCUAAGUCUAGGGGAGGCUCAUAUUCGGGACGUGACGGUUGGGAGCGCGACAGUUAAAUUCGAGGAACCAAAUAAAAUGAUUUUGAAGUUUUGGAACGUAAGCGCUACUGUGCCUUUUACGCGUUUUUCAUACCACUCUUUUUGGUGUCAUGUAUAUCCUUGCAGUGGGACGACACAAAUGGAAAUACGCAACGCAAGUAUGACACUGUUGCUCGAAGUGUCUGCUGCAAGCGGCGGACCACUAAACGUAGGUGUGGUUAGUGUGGUAACUGACAUCGGGGACCCAACGAUAACUCUCAUCGGUGAAGGGAAAUCAAAGGUGCCCAAGUGGCUUGGUGGUAGUGUCAAGGAUCUAUUUAAGAAGGAUAUUCUAGGCAAACUCGAGCAGCAAAUAAUUACUGCAGUGAACCCCAUUUUGACCAACAAAACGAGGGAAAUAUCCCAUAUGUUCCCAAUUGUCUUCAUAGGUAAUCCGAAAAUCAAAAAUGGACAAAUGAGACUCGCAUUGGCCGUUCUUCCAGGCACCACAAAACAAUCAACGCUGACGAGAAAGCUUUUUACUCCGCCCCAGCCAUUUCCAAACUGGCCUGUUGCUGUUGUUUCCUCGUAUACGGCUUUGAAUAAUGUAUUCCGCUUGCUGAUUAAAAAGGGCCACUCGAGGAUCCGCGUGCCCUUUCCACUGAAAUAUGUUCUCUCCAGCGAGGCCGCGCAUCAUCAGUUGGACAGUCUUUGCUCUGGAUGUGCCUCUGAGGCCUCACUUGAACUAAAAACAGCCCCGUGGUUGAAAUACCUGAAUAAGAAACUGUUUACAGUUAACUUUCGGGGCGUUGACGUUGCCGUGGGUCUGUUGCCAAGGGGUGGUGACCCCAUUCCCUUGUUUAGUAUGUUAAUGAACGUGUCCGUCCGGGCGGCGCAUAUCGCUGUCGUCGACAGCAUCGCCCAUGCGAAGUUGGAUUCCAUUGAUGCUACGGUGAGCGUCACAUCCUCACGUAUCGAUGGCCUGGACUCAAGUACAAUGAACACAAAAAUUCGUGAUUUGAUCAACGGGAUGGUGUUGCCGCUGCUCAACUUCAAGAAGGAUGGCUUUCCCGUUCCCUUCGACUUGUCUGGGAUCCACCUGAAUAUUACAGGUGAAGGCGGUAAAGCGGGAGUUGACCCGGCACGCGCUUUUAGAUCGCUCAGCACAUUCCUUCACCUCCGAUGA